GCUAACCGUCUGGACGUUCAGUCGACCGACGACACCGCUACUGUCCGUGUUCCGCCGCGCAAACGCGAUAGUAUUAUUUUGUUGCAAUAAAAUAUAAUAUAUAUUAUUAUUGUUGUUCGCCCGAUCGCAGUAGUGUGCCCAUCACCGUGAAUAACAUUAACGCCGGUGCCGUAAUCGAUCGCGUGUGCGCCUUAACGCGUCGAAUAUUAUUAAUUACAAUACAAUCGAACACUUUGUUAUUUUUUUUCCCGCGCCUUCCGAUUAUUAAUAUUUUUUUUUCUCGAUUGACAGAAACAAAACAAUAUUUUACACUCGUUCGUCGUCUAUCGCCGCGACAUACACGACCUCACAUCGAGAUUAUUUCGCGUUUUAUGAAUUCGCGCGCUUCGUCCGCUGCGGUCUGCCGGUGGUAAGCCGCGCGCGUUGAAUGCGCUUUACAAACCGUUCGUGCGGACACACAUGCUAGAACCGACCGGAGCAGCAAAUAUGACAGUGUUAGCGCUCAACCAUCUGUUGCCGCCGCCGCCGACGCCGUCCGUCAACAACGGUGGCCCGCAACAGCAACAGCAACAGCAGCAGCAGCAACAGCAACGCGCGGCCGCCGGAGCCGAGAGCAACGGCGCCGACGACGGCGUGCAGCAAAACGGCAAGUCGUCGCGCAUGAUGACGGUCGCGGCCGCGGCCACCAACAUGACGACGGCGAUGAUGAUGGGCGGCGUCGCGCCCGCCGGCAUCGGCCACCACCUUCACCAUCAUCACCACCACGGCCACCACAACCAGUUGCACAACAACAACAACAACAACAACAACGACGACACGGCCAGCAGCCCGCGGUCUUCGGUCGUCGCGGCCGCUCGGCCGUCCGGUCACAUCAAGUUCAGCGUGGCCGCUCUGCUGGCCGACACCAGGCCCGUCCGGUCGCCGACACCCGGCUCCGUAUACGACGACGACAUAGACACGCCCGACGACGACGACGACGACCGGAACAGCGUGGACGUGGAGACCACGGACGGCGGCGCGCCCGUCGGCCGGCGGUGUUCGUCCAGCACGCCGGACCGCGGCCGUUCGCCGAUGCCGCUUCACACGUCGUCGCCACCGCUGUCGCAUCACCAGCACCACGGCGGCCACCCGUUCCAGCAACCCGGUGGCUCGAUGGCCGCCCGCGCCGCGUUCAUGAUGUCCGGCGGCGGCGCGUCCGUCCCGGGCGGCGGACACCAUCAUCAUCCCGUCGCGCCCGUCCGGCCGACACCGUUCACGGCGUUCGCCGCCGCCGCAGCAGCCGCCUAUUCGGCCGCCGGCAUGCAGCAUCCUGCCGCCCCCGGAGCCUGGCACCCGCAUUACGCCGGCACUUUUCCCGGCUUCGGUUCCACCGGUCUCAACUCCGGAUCGCCUGAUUCCAACAACGGCGAACCGCCCAAACUCAAGUGCAACCUGCGGAAGCACAAGCCCAACAGGAAACCCCGAACGCCGUUCACUACGCAACAGUUGUUGAACCUGGAGAAAAAGUUCCGGGAAAAGCAGUACCUGAGCAUCGCCGAACGGGCCGAGUUUUCCAAUUCGCUACAUCUGACCGAAACACAGGUGAAAAUAUGGUUCCAAAACCGUAGAGCCAAAGCCAAGCGGCUGCAAGAAGCCGAGAUCGAAAAGUUGAAGAUGGCAGCGGUGGCCGCGGCCAGGCCGCACCACCCGCUGUACGGCAACCCGCAUUUGCCGCACUACUUCCAACACCCUUCCGAACUGUUCGGACACCCGCACCAACUGCAAUCGCUCCUGUCGCACCGGCCCACCAUGGCCCACCUCAUCGCCCAAGGGCUGCAGCAACAGCAACAGCAGCAGCAGCAACAGCAACAGGGCCCACCGCCCACGCACCAGCCCGCCGGCGGACAGGUACAGCAGACCCACACGCCGCCCGCCCGCUCGUCGAUGUCGCCCGCCGGUAGGCGGUCCGCCACCCCCGUGUCGCCCACCCCGUCGAUGGGCGGCGGGGGCCCAGGGUCCACCACGAGCGUUUAGUGGUGCUGCCGCGGUAUACUCUCGCACGGCAAAACGGUAUUUAAAGACUAUAUACGCGCCGCGUUCUAUUUUAUUAUUAUAUAUAAUAUUAUAAUAUAAUAUGUUAUUAUUAUGUAUAAAAUAAUAUUUCUCUUAUUAUACAAUUAUUAUUAAUAUUAUUAUUAUUAUUAUACGUACUACUACUAUUAUUACUAUAUAAUACUAUCAUAUUGUACAUGGAAACUAGUCACCCGCAAGAAAAAAAAAAUGUUUUUUUUUUUAAAUGAACCGUCGUCCGAGGACGGAAGAAUAUUAAAUAAUUUGCAAACCAACUGCAGCUACCCCGGCACUAUAUAUUGCAUUAUCAUAUAUCGAUACUAUCACCGAAUCGCGCGAUUUUAAUAAUACAUAAUUAUUUUAUAUUAUUGUUUACUGUAAAUUAAUAUUGUCUUAACGAGUUCCUCUAUAUAAUAUGCAUACACGUGUAUGCAACAUAACGCCAUCCAUACACCCCAACCCGAUGUAGGUACAUGUAUUGUAAGUAUAUCCGGCAAAAUAUAUAAAUAUAAUAUAAUAUUUAUUGUAUGUAUAUAUAUACGCCCAGAUCCGUCUCGCCGCAGCGCGUUUACUGCCGCCUGCGAGUGCGCCGAGAGAUCGUUUUAUUUUUUCCGACUUUAUAUUAUUAUAUGUUUAAAUGUAGGUAUCUAUAAUAUUAUCAUUAUUAUUAUUAUUAUUAUUAUUUACGUGUUGUUUAUUGUGAUAAGACUUUUUUUCUGUCUCGUUGGAUAUAUUUCAACGCAUAAUAUUUUGUCCGACGGGAACCGUGCAUUAAGCAUAUUCAUUAUUUGUUUGUUUGUUUGUUGUAAAAUUCUUAAUAUAUUUCUCGCGAAUAUAUAUACAUCAGACCUACCUAUUUAUGUUUAUAUAUAUAAGUAUAAUAAAUGAUAUUGCAGAUCGCGCGUAUAUUUAUAUUCAUAUAUGUAAAUAAAGUCGUUUGUAAACUAUACAUAUUUACAAUAUGUAUAUGUACAUAAUAUAUGACAGUAGACUAAUUUUUAAGAUAGGGUAAAACUGUGUACAAGUGCCAAUCCUAUUAUAUAUUUAUAUGUAUAUCCCUAUAUAUGAAUGUUUUUUUUUAUGUACAUAAUAAUAUAUAAACUCGAAUAUUAUUAUAAAUAGCAAUAAUAUUGAGAUAAAAAGAAAAAAAAUUAAUAAAACUCGUUGUUGACACAAGUAUAUUAUAUAACA